GCAGGGAGCUGGGCCGGGGCGGGGUCACGUGCACUGAGCGGCCGGCAGGAGUGCGGUUCCCGCUGCGGGCAGCAGAGAGGUGUGGGCGUUCCUGCUGGUGGGGUCCCCCGGGAGCAGUUGGGGGCAGGCCGAGUCGGUGCCCGGGCAGAAUGUCCCUGGCUGCUUAUUGUGUCAUCUGUUGCAGAAGACUAGGAACCUCUGCGCCUUCAGCAAAAAGGCGUACAUACUGGAGAGAUAUCCGAAAUAUAAUAAAAUUUACUGGAUCACUUAUUUUAGGAGGUUCUUUAUUUUUUACAUAUGAAAUUCUGGCUCUGAAGAAGUCUUUGACAUUAGACACGGAGGUGGUAGAAACAGAAAAAAUGAAGUCAUACAUAUAUGUGCACACAGCUUCUUCAGACAGAAGAGAAAGUCAUGGGAUUGCCUGGCAGGCAAGAAAAGAACUUCACAAAGCAGUAAGAAAAAUAUUGGCAGCAUCAGCCAAAUUAUUACAGGGUCCGUUUGCUGACACUUUUAGCACUGUUGAUGUGGAAGAUCAUGAGUGUGCCGUGUGGCUGCUCCUGAAGGACAGCAAGUCAGAGGACAGGACCACACGAUUGGAGGCUGUGCGGGAAAUGUCAGAGGCCCACCACUGGCAUGAUUACCAGUAUAGGACAAUUGCUCAAGCCUGUGACGCGAGAACUCUUGUUGGUUUGGCACGAAGCAAAGACAGUGAUCCUCGCUUUUUUCUCCCACCACCUCCUUUGCCACCCUUAAAAGAAGAUUCUUGCACUGAAGAAGAACUCAGACAGUUGCUGGCUUCUUUACCUCAGACAGAGCUAGACGAAUGUAUCCAAUAUUUUACAUCCUUGGCUCUUAGUGAAAGCAGUCAGAGUCUGGCUGCUCAGAAGGGUGGUUUAUGGUGUUUUGGAGGAAAUGGACUUCCUUAUGCUGAAAGUUUUGGAGAAGUUCCUUCAGCUACAGUGGAAAUGUUUUGUUUAGAAGCUAUAGUAAAACAUUCUGAGAUAUCCACACAUUGUGAUAACAUCGAAGCAAAUGGAGGCUUGCAACUACUUCAGAGGCUGUACCAACUUCACAAGGACUACCCUAAAGUCCAGAGAAAUAUAAUGCGUGUUAUUGGAAAUAUGGCUUUGAACGAACAUCUUCAUUCGGCUAUAGUACGCUCAGGCUGGGUGACAAUAAUGGCAGAAGCAUUGAAAUCUCCGCGCAUUAUGGAGGCUUCACAUGCUGCCAGAACUCUGGCUAACCUGGACCGAGAAACUGUGCAAGAGAAAUACCAGGAUGGUGUGUACGUGCUCCAUCCCCAGCACCGAACAAGUCAGCCCAUUAAAGCCGAUGUCCUUUUUAUUCAUGGCCUUAUGGGAGCAGCAUUCAAAACAUGGCGCCAGCAGGACACUGAGCAGGUUCUGACUGAAAAGGCUUUGGAUGAUGAAGACAGGUACACCACGUGCUGGCCCAAGACAUGGUUGGCAAGAGACUGUCCUGCUCUUCGAAUUAUAUCUGUGGAGUAUGACACCAGCCUCAGUGACUGGAGAGCAAGGUGCCCUAUGGAAAGAAAAUCUAUUGCAUUCAGAAGUGACGAACUUCUUAGGAAGCUCCGAGCUGCUGGUGUUGGGGAUAGACCAAUAAUUUGGAUAUCACAUAGCAUGGGAGGUCUUCUUGUCAAGAAGAUGCUGUUGGAAGCCUCUAAGAAGCCAGAAAUGAGUACAGUUAUAAAGAAUACCAGAGGAAUAAUUUUUUACAGUGUUCCUCAUCAUGGAUCACGUUUAGCUGAAUACUCUGUCAAUAUUCGUUAUCUUCUUUUUCCCUCUUUGGAAGUCAAAGAACUCAGUAAAGAUUCGCCUGCACUUAAAACACUACAGGAUGACUUUGUGGAGUUUGCUAAAGACAAAAAGUUCCAGGUACUGAAUUUUGUAGAGACACAGCCAACCUGUAUUGGCAGCAUGAUCAGACUCCACGUGGUGCCUGAGGAAUCAGCAGAUUUAGGCAUUGGAGAUCUAAUUCCUGUGGAUGUUAACCAUUUGAACAUUUGUAAGCCGGAAAAAAAGGAUGCUUUUUUGUACCAACGUACUCUGCAGUUCAUCCGUGAAACUUUAGCCAAAGACCUUGAAAAUUAACUGCUGUUUUCUUCCAUUUUUUCAUGUGAAUAUGUGCAAGAAAGCUGAUGUUCUCUUACCUUUUAAGCCCCAAGUUGGCAUGCACCAGCGAGGUCUGGAGUGGUGCAGACAACAGAGUGUGGCUCUCCAUUCCCACACUGGAAAACAUGCACAGAGUAGCAGUGACAGAAGAAACGGCUAGAGUGGGACCCUCUGGCUUACAGAAAUCCCACAGUGCUGGGCCUUGUGACUAGAGCAAAGCUGCUAGGGGCUAGAGAGGCCCUUUUCUCACCUGGGAGCCCUGGUGGGCAACUCAGCUCACUGUAAAAAUGCCGUAGAGAGAGUGCCUAAAUGGGGAGAAUAGUGGACUGGAACAUAGAAGAUUCUGGUUUUGCUCUUGAUAUCCAUGUGCUGUAAAUUUUUAAAACAUUUUAAAUUUCUAGUUUUUAACUUUCAGUUCAAUCUUUGUCUAACACAUUAUCACUGGUGUUAACUUAGUUAGACCUGUUGUCAUGCAUGGGUGAGUUGAUUAUGUGUUUUUAUUUUCAUAUUGCUGAGAACAAAUUUUGUUUUUAAACUCCAGCUUAGAGUAAUUCUUUACAGACCAAAGCUACCUAUGCUUAUCAUGUGUUUCAGGUAAGGAUAAAGUAGCUUAAUUCAUUACUGACCAGAAUAUGAAAUAAAAACUGUUGUAAGCAUGUAUAUGUAUCAUAUCAACAUUUUCAGAUUCUUUUUAGCUAAAUAUACUUUGCUUGCUCAUUUGGAAGUAGCAUUAAAAAUCAUUUAACAGACUUUUUCAAAAUGAGCAUCAAAAUAUAAUUUGUAUAGCUUACAAUUCAUCCUUUAAAAAUAUGCAGUUCAUUGGUUUUUAGUAUUAUUAGAGUUGCGCAACCAUCAUUAUCAUCUAGUUCUGGAGUAUUUCAUUAUCCUAAAAAGAAACUCACCAGCAGUCAUUUUCCCCUGCUCUGUCCCCAGCCCCUGUUAACACAAGUCUGCUUUCCAUAUCUGUAUUUACCUCCUCUGGAUAUUUCAUACAGGUGGACUCAUACAGUAGGUAGCUUGUUUUCUUCACAGAAUAUUUUCAUUAUAUAUAUAUAAAAUGUAGCAUUUUUAUUGCUUAUGACCCAAAUUAUCCCAUUGUACGUUAUGCUACAUUUGUUUAUCUAUUCAUCAGCUGAUGGACAUCUAGAUUAUGUCCUUUGUUUGGCUGUCAGGAACUCAUGAUACUGCUGAGAUUGUUUGUGUACAAAGUUGGCUUUUUUUUGGAUAGAUGUUUUUACUUAUUUUGGCUGAGCAGAAUUCCUGGUCACAUGCUAAGUCUGUGCCUAACAUUGUGAAGAUAAGCAAGGUCAUCAGCAAACCCUGUUGCAUCAACUUCUGUUUAGUGAUAUAGCCACAUAAUGAAUGACUUAUCCCCGUGUCUUGUAGCAAAUAUGAAUGCAGCUAACAAUGUGCUAGCUAAUGGGGAAAAGAGGUUUAAUAGGUUUGGUUCUUUCUUUGUUUUUGGGGGGGUUUUUUUGGUAUCAGGAAUCAAACUUAGGACCUCAUACUUGCCAGGCAGACACUGCACAACUGAGCUAAACCCCUGGCCCCUUUGGUACUUUCUUUUGGUUCUGUUUUCCAUGAACUACGACAGAUAAACCACAGUAGAAACAGCUGUUCUAUUAAUGUAAUAAAACAUUAAUGUAAUAAA